CGAUGAUGGCGGCCGCGGUGGUGGUGUCUGCGGCGGGUCCGGGCCCAUGAGGCGACGACGGAGGCGGGACGGCUUUUACCCAGCGCCAGACUUCCGAGACCGGGAAGCUGAGGACAUGGCAGGAGUGUUCGACAUAGACCUGGACCAGCCGGAGGACGCGGGCUCUGAGGAGGAGUUGGAGGAGGGGGGUCAAUUAAAUGAAAGCAUGGACCAUGGGGGAGUUGGACCAUAUGAACUUGGCAUGGAACAUUGUGAGAAAUUCGAAAUCUCAGAAACUAGUGUGAACAGAGGGCCAGAAAAAAUCAGACCAGAAUGCUUUGAGCUACUUCGGGUACUUGGUAAAGGGGGUUAUGGAAAGGUUUUUCAAGUACGAAAAGUAACAGGAGCAAAUACUGGGAAAAUAUUUGCCAUGAAGGUGCUUAAAAAGGCAAUGAUCGUAAGAAAUGCUAAAGAUACAGCUCAUACAAAAGCAGAACGAAAUAUUUUGGAGGAAGUAAAGCAUCCCUUCAUUGUGGAUUUAAUUUAUGCCUUUCAGACUGGUGGAAAACUCUACCUCAUCCUUGAGUAUCUUAGCGGAGGAGAACUAUUUAUGCAGUUAGAAAGAGAGGGAAUAUUUAUGGAAGAUACAGCCUGCUUUUACUUGGCAGAAAUUUCCAUGGCUUUGGGGCAUUUACAUCAAAAGGGGAUCAUCUACAGAGACCUGAAGCCGGAGAAUAUCAUGCUUAAUCACCAAGGUCAUGUGAAACUAACAGACUUUGGACUAUGCAAAGAAUCUAUUCAUGAUGGAACAGUCACACACACAUUUUGUGGAACAAUAGAAUACAUGGCCCCUGAAAUAUUGAUGAGAAGUGGCCACAAUCGUGCUGUGGAUUGGUGGAGUUUGGGAGCAUUAAUGUAUGACAUGCUGACUGGAGCACCCCCAUUCACAGGAGAGAAUAGAAAGAAAACAAUUGACAAAAUCCUCAAAUGUAAACUCAAUUUGCCUCCCUACCUCACACAAGAAGCCAGAGAUCUGCUUAAAAAGCUGCUGAAAAGAAAUGCUGCUUCUCGCCUUGGAGCUGGUCCUGGGGAUGCUGGAGAAGUUCAAGCUCAUCCAUUCUUCAGACACAUUAAUUGGGAAGAACUGCUAGCUCGGAAGGUGGAGCCCCCAUUUAAACCUCUGUUGCAAUCUGAAGAGGAUGUGAGUCAGUUUGAUUCAAAGUUUACACGUCAGACACCUGUUGACAGCCCAGAUGACUCAACUCUCAGUGAAAGUGCCAACCAGGUCUUUCUGGGUUUUACAUAUGUGGCUCCAUCUGUACUUGAAAGUGUAAAGGAAAAGUUUUCUUUUGAACCAAAAAUCCGAUCACCUCGAAGAUUUAUUGGCAGCCCACGAACACCUGUCAGCCCGGUCAAAUUUUCUCCUGGGGAUUUCUGGGGAAGAGGUGCUUCAGCCAGCACAGCCACUCCUCAGACGCCUGUGGAAUACCCAAUGGAAACAAGUGGCAUAGAACAGAUGGAUGUGACGAUGAGUGGAGAAGCUUCGGCACCACUUCCAAUCCGACAACCAAACUCUGGGCCAUACAAAAAACAAGCUUUUCCCAUGAUCUCCAAACGACCAGAGCACCUGCGUAUGAAUCUAUGACAGAGCAAUGCUAUUGAAUGAAUUUAAGGCAAAAAAGAGGUGGGCAAGGAAUGUGCAAGCAUCCUGCACUGUGAAACAAGGCGACUUAAAACAAGUCUCUAGAAGAGUCGGUCUCUAUGUAGAACACUUUGGACAGAGGAAAAACAAAAAUGGAUUUUAAAAAAUAAAAUCAAUCAAUGGUGCAAAACAAAAGAAAAACUUAAGCAAAAUAGUAUUGUGGAACUCUUAGGCACAUCAGUUAAUUGAUUCCUAGUGACAUUUUCUCAACCGUAUCAAGGAUUUUCAUGUCGAUGGCUCAAAACUGACAGUAUUAAGAAUAGGUUGUUGCUUCUGAAUCACUGUUGAGUUUUGAUUGUGUCGAAGAAAGAUUUUCCCUGUCAUUAGGCAAAGUAUGAAAUUGCCUGUAAUACUUGCAAACUAAGGACAAAUUAGCAUGCAAGCUUGGUCAAACUUUUCCGGCAAUGUGGAAUCAGAGAUAAAACUUAUCAAUUGUUUUAUGUGCAAACAACCUGAAUCUUUUUUUUAUAUAAAUAUAUAUUUUUCAAAUAGAUUUUUUGAUUCAGCUCAUUAUGGAAAACACCCAAAA